UUUAAUAUUUUAUAAAAUAUUUUAUUUUAUUUUCGACAUAGGCAAGACGAUAUACUGUAGAAGAUAAAAUGUUUUGUUUGGGCAUUUAUCGUAGAUCCCGUUCCUCCUAUAAUUUUGUGUCCAAAUAUUUACUGUGUCCUUCAUAUACUACUCUAAAUACGCAAUUAAAUCGCAUUUCAAUCGAUACUGGAUAUAAUAAGAUUAUUGGAAAAUAUCUCAAAUCAAGUGCAAAAAAAAUGUAUUUAAAAGAUUUAUAUAUUGUAUUAUACUUGCUUGGGAUGAAAUGGCUAUUCAACCAGCACUUACAUAUGAUGUUAAAAGCGACAAAAUUAUUGGAUUUGAAGAUUGGGGAAUGAGGCGAACAAGAAGAUUUGCAGACCAUGCUAUUGUAUUCUAUAUCAGGUGUUUAGCAUCUGAUCAUAAAAUGCCUGUUGGAUAUGGUUUUUGUAAUAGUGCAACAACGUAUAUUCAACUUUCGAGAUGUGUGAAGGAAUGGCUGAAAUAUUUGCAACAAUGUGGUUUUAAGCCGAUAGCAACUGUUUGCGACCAAGGAGGGCCAAAUAUAGCGACAAUAAAUACAUUAUUUGAAGAAAGUCGCGCACAAUAUUUAAGACAUAAUAAAGUACUGCAGCUAGAUAAUAUAUUUUAUGUGGGAGACAAUCCUAUUGUGCCUUUAUAUGAUUUCGUACAUCUUCAAAAAGGUAUUCGUAAUAACCUUUUAGACAAUGAUUUACUUCUUGAUAAAGAUGCCAAAUCUUCAGAACAUGAAAGUCAAUGUGCUUCUUGGGAUGAUAUCAUAGCAGCAUAUGCAAUCGACCAAAAAUGCUUUCCACAUCGGCGAAAGAUGAAAAAAUUAACAGAUAGUCAUAUUUUUCCACACUUAAUUCCAAAAAUGAAAGUAAAGUUUGCGGUGCAAGUCAUAAGCCAUACUGUAGCAAACUUUAUGCAUAUGAUACUUACUUUCAAUAAAGAAGGUGUCGUGCAAACAGAAUAUGGUACCAUGCAUUUGUCCAAAAAUGCCUCCACCACAGCAGAAGCACUAUUCUUCUUUGACGACCUAUUCUAUUCGUUCAAUGGAAGUUGUGAGCAAGGAUUCAGCAUUAUUAUCACACCAAAUAGCGGCCAUUUAAAAUUUUGGUCAGAAACAUUGCGCAAACUGAAAAAAAUGGAAUUUGUUGAAAAGAAUAGCUACAAACCUUUAAGAAGAAAUAAGCCAAAGUGUUUAGUUAACUGGAAACAAACAAUUCAAGGUGCACAAUGUUUAUGGCAAAUGCUUCAGAAAUGCGGGUUUACCAAACUCAAUUUAAAAUAUUUAAAUCAAGAUCCUGUCGAAAAUUUAUUUAGUCAAAUAAGAAAUCAUGGACAUCAAAAUACAAAUCCAACAUCAUAUUUAUUUGGUACAUCAUUUAAAGCAAUAUUAACGUGCAAUCUAACAUCGAAGCACUCCAUAUCAGCAAAUUGUGAAAAAGAUAAAGAAAGUUUUUUUUACCGUUAAUGGCUUUAAUGCGUGCAAAAGAAAUUGAAAAUCCAGAAGAAGGUGAAAGAAAGGUAGAAUGCGAUGAAGCCGCUAUUACAUUAGAUGAAGGAAAAUCAGAUAACUCACAUAGUUCGUACAUAGACGCAAAAAAGAUUAUUAAUAUAGUCAGGAAGAAGUGUAAAAUUAUAUGUGUUGAAUGUACUGCAAUAAUGGAAAACGAAAACACUAUACAAAUGAUGAAUCGUGCUAUAGAAAUAGCUGAAAACAGAUUUGCAGAUUUCUGCUAUAAGACAAAAAUUAAAAAUAAACUUUUAACUAUAUUCAGUCAGAUAUUUUCCACAGCACGUUUUCACUGUACUGAUGUGCAGAACAUUUUGCUUAACACUCUUGCACAAUAUUUUCUAAUAGAAUGGAGCAACAUAAUAAAUAAAAUUAUGCGAGGACAAAUAAAAGAUGACCACAAUAAAACUUACAUAUAUUAUGAGGCACGUAGGAUGUCAUUGAAAUAUUGCAAGAAA